AUGAGCUAUGAAGCAUAUGAUCUGAUUAAGAAGUUGCUAACUGAAAAUCCAGCUCAACGCCUUGGUGCAAUAGGCGCUGUACAGGCGACAUUUAUACCAUCUACUGAGACUCUGGACACGAGUUAUUUCUUGAGCCGGUCUAUUUGGAAUCCAGAAGAUGAGCAUGUUGAUGGAGGCAGCGAUUUUGAUGAUAUGUCUGAUACAGGCAACACAUUUGGUGAUAGUUCCUUCGGCAAUAUGCUAGAGGAAGAGGUGAUGAAUGUGGUAACCUGGCAGAGUUUGGUGCUUCAACUCUCAAUGUGA